AAGUCUUUCAGGUUUGUAACAGUUGGUUCCAUUGCCCAGUACUGCCACAACAGAGCUCCUGGAAGGACUAGUCUGGAGCCUCCAGUGCCAUUACAUUAGUCAGAGACGUGUCUGAGUUUGGGGCCAGAGGCGGGCAUCAGAGAUGGCGGCGAGGGUUUUGGCACUGCUGUGUAUGCUGGGCAUCGGCCUCUGUCAGGUCUGGAGCUCUUCCGAGACCCACCCGGAGGAGGCAGGCCUGGCGGUCCUGUAUCCAUGGCAACACCAAAACAGUGGUCUGGGCAGGGUGAAGAGGGACUGGAUAAUUCCACCAAUCAGAGUGUCGGAAAACAGCAAGCAGGUCCCAGAGAACCUGGUUCAGAUCAAAUCAGACAAGGUGUUCACCGGGGAGGUGAUCUACAAGCUGGAGGGACAAGGGGUGGAUCAGGACCCCAAGGACCUGUUUGAGAUUGAUGACAAGACGGGAGAGAUCCGCAGCAAGCAGCCUCUGGACCGGGAGAAAUACAGCCGCUUCACGCUGAAAGCUUUUGCCUUGUCUCCCAGUGGAGAGAGACUAGAAAACCCCUCCACCAUUGAGAUAGUGGUUCUGGAUCAGAAUGACAACCGGCCAAUCUUCACACAGAAAGAGUUUGAGGGGUCUAUAGCUGAGUUCUCCAUACCAGGUACGUCAGUGAUGUCUGUGUCAGCUACCGAUGCUGAUGACCCAGACACAGACAACGCUGUUCUGAGGUACUCCAUCAUUGGCCAGGAGAGCUUCCCAGCAAAUGUCAUCACCAAGACCAUGUUUGGCAUCAACAACGAGACAGGAGCGAUCUACACACGGGACGUGGGCCUGGACCGAGUGGUAGUGAAGAGUUUCAGGUUGAAGCUGCAAGUUGCAGACAUGUCAGGUAUGGGACUGACCAAUGAGGGUAUUGCCAUUAUCCACGUGUCUGAUAUCAACAACCACGGCCCACGCUUUUCCCCCGAUCUGUACAACCUGUCAGCUGUGGAGAACAGGAUUGACCAUGAAAUCGGCAGGGUCAACGUUGUUGACAAUGACGACCCCGGGACAGGAAACUGGGAAGCUAAGUACACCAUCGCAGAAAGUGACCGCUUCAGCAACUUCGCCAUUGAGACGGAUCCACUGACCAAUGAGGGCAUUCUGACAGUGGUGAAACCUCUGGACUUUGAAGGCCGGUCAGAGUACACUCUCAUCCUAACUGUGGAGAAUGUCAACCCACUGAAUAUUAAAGCCCCCAACGACCCGAUCAGCAGUGCAACAGUACUGGUUACCGUGGUGAACGAGAAUGAGGCACCGCAAUUCGUCAGUGACCCCAUGGAGCUGAUGGUGCCUGAGUCAGUGCCACCUGGGUCUGUCCUGAUCAAGAAUAUUGCCUAUGACCCUGACAACGCCAAACUCAGAUACGAGAUCACCAGGGAUCCAGAAAGAUGGCUAUUAAUCAACCCAGAGACUGGAGAGAUCACAUCUAGGAAGAGCUUCAAUGUGCGCUCACCACACGUCAAGAACAACGUCUACAAUGUCAUCGUCAAGGUCACCGACACAGACGCUGGAGGUAUUUCCACCACAGCCACUCUAUCCAUCAUCCUGAAGGAAACCAAUGACUUCCCCCCACAGCUGACCCCUCUCAGUGGGGUGGUCUGUAACAACAGGGACAUUUACAGGGCGGGGCUGCUUUUGACUGCUGUGGAUGAGGACCUGCCCCCUCAUGCAGAACCCUACACCUUUGAUUUGCCCUCCGACAUGUCAAACAACUGGACCAUCGUCACGUUCAACGAUAGCCAUGGAUACCUGCAGCCUCUGAUAGAGAGGCUAGAGAAGGGAGAGUAUGCUGUGACAGUGCAGGUCUUUGACUCUGGCAAUCCCAGGCUCAGUUCCUUUGCCCAGGUCAACAUCACUGUCUGUCCCUGCGACAACAACCAUGACUGCAGGUCCGAGUCAGCCGCCAUCUUUGGAACGCGAGUGGGAAUCAGCUUCAUUGCCCUGGUGGUCAUCAUGGCUAGCAUUGCUCUUUUGCUUUUGCUGCUGCUCCUAGCGGUUGCCGUGGGUAACUGUAGAAGGCACCAUCACAUGAAGCAAGGUGGGGGUCUGCUGGUGGGGGAGUCAGAAGAUGACAUACGUGACAACGUCCUGAAUUACGAUGAGCAGGGAGGAGGAGAGGAGGACGAGAAUGCUUUCAACAUUGACCUCUUGCGUAACCCGACCGACACGCCCUCAACCCCAGGGUCCUUCUGCCCCCCUGGUCUGUCUCGAGGGAAGCAGCCACUCAGGAAAGACGCCCCCCACAACCUGCCCUCCCCACUGUAUCCACGGAAGCCCCCUGCAGACCCAGGCGACAUCGAGGACUACAUCAACGAUGGCCUGGAGGCAGCAGACCAAGACCCCAACGUCCCCCCCUAUGAUACGGCGCUGAUCUACGACUACGAAGGCGAGGGCUCUGUGGCGGGCAGUCUCAGCUCCAUCGCUUCAGCCAGCUCAGACGGAGACCAGGACUACGACUACCUCAACGACUGGGGCCCGCGCUUCAAGAAGCUGGCCAACAUGUACGAGCCGCGCUAGGGAGGGAGCCAGGCCAGGCUUGCAGCCCAGGGCCAGAGCCAGGCGUCAGGAUUCCCAGACACAGAUACAAGCUUGUUUAAGGACAAAUAAAUACGUCCGGAGAGAUUCUCUGUUGGAAGGGGUCUUUAUGUUUCUAAAUUAGGCUUCAUCUGUGUCCCAGUGAAUGGCCCUAGAUGCAGAUUUAAAGGGGCGGUCACCACUGCUUUGUAUCAAUAAUAGAGAUCCACAUGUAUUCUUUCUUCUCCACCAGCCUAGCUUGGGACAGUGCUUGGGUGGUUGUUCACAGUAGUUUACUAACACUGCUGUGUCAUGAGUUUACAGAAUUGUUUUUUUUCUGGAUCUGUUGUUUGGUAUUAUUUGUCUUUGAUAUUGGUGGUGGCCAUAGCUGAGACAGAUAGUUUGUCUGCAGUUAUCAAUUGCUAUUGGUUUGUUUAUAAGAAGUUAUGAGUAAAGAGAAUAGAGGAAGGAGAUAUGUACAUAAGGAUUGAUGGAAAGAAAGGAUGUGCUUGCUACAGGAUGUGCUGGCCAACAGGCCUUUGCCCAGGUUGUGUCAUUCUAAGGCAUUUUAAAGGUACAGUAGGUAAAAAGGUUUCAGUAAAAAUUUAAUGUUUUGUCCCCAAUAAACAUGUGUAAGCUAAUGAGGCCCUCUGAGUUGUUCAGCAACACAGACCGCUCAGUGCCAGGGGAAUAUACACUUCAAUUUUUAUUUGCAGCCCACUACUUUCCACCCAUUCACGUUCCAGAAAUCCAAUUCUAGCCACAUGCCUUCGGCAAGGUGGGCUUUCGUCCUUGGCAUUUUUUGUGAAACCGCUGUAAAUCAAAUUUAAGCUGAAAGAAAGCAUGCAAGUUCAUACAAGAAUUGGGGUCGUUUCUCAUAUUUGAUUUAUUUUACAAGAUUACCUAGUGCAGCUUUAAACACAUACUGGAUCUGACCAGACAUAUUUUAAGAUUUUGAUUAUCUUUUUUAUAAAAUGUUUUUGUAAAUACUUUUGCUAUUAUUGGUUUUGUUUUUAAACAUGUUAACCAUUUUUUUUGUUCACUUCAGCAAACCCAACAAAACAUUCAGUCUGCUUUUUGAAAUCAGUCAUAUUGAAACCAUUUUCCAUGUGUAUAAAUGACCUGGUGUGUUCUCAAAACAUUUAAUGAAGACAAUCAAAGGCACAAAACUCUCUGCUCAAAUAGUUUUGAUGCAUUUAAUAAGUUAUUUAGUAUUAAAGGUCAAAUUCAAUGUUCACCUAUUAAAUAAACUUUUACAACUG